CCAACUCUUAAGAAGAAGUUCACUUUUCAAGGACAAGCUAUACCUCUGACGAUUUCUCACGGCGAACACGCUUCCCAUUUUGCAACUGCUCACCUCACCAAAAUUCUAGUCGAGGAGGGACUAGGUUACAGCAACGCCAAAUUAAUAUUUUGUGACGUCACCGGAGCAACAAGGAGUUGUUGGAACGACAGGUAGUCAAUCAUUUCAUUGUUUUUGUAAGAAACGAAGCUUAAGGGGGCUCACAACCGUUUUCAUCAGGUUUCAGUGCUUCUCCUUUGAUGGAUCAACACCAGUGAACGCUUUUUUUGCUACAGUAGAAAGUAUCAUGCAAUACCCGGUCUUUACUGAAUAAGUCAGGGUCUUUCAGUUUGACUUAAUAAAUUACCAUAGCAACGGUAUACUCUAUAACACUCUUAAACGAUAUGUCAAGGUUCAAGCUUUCAUACAGUUUCUAAAAUUUGGAGAAAGCGGGUUUCCUUAAUGAUGGGAUGUCUGUUUCCUGUCGUUUCCAGAUUUCCUGAUAUACCUCCCCGGGCUAUGAUUCGCCCAGAGGUCUGGGUACCAUUUGACCAUCGAGAUUCUGAGACAAGUGGAAAGAUGACUGAUAUCGGAUCGCUUGGGAUCAUGGGCAGGUACUUGUAUAGCCAUAGCUUAUUUCAAUAUACCCUUCUGGAAACUUCAGCUAUCGAUUAAUAUGAUCUGUCGAUGAUACCUAAUUCUUCUGUGUUGUACUUCUUCAUUAAAAACGCAACACCAUAUAUAUUUUUAAAUCAAUCAUUUUUUAAAUUUGCAGAAUCUUAUAAUGUCUAGUAUUUCUUCAUUUUUACGCCCUAAGUAAACACAUUUCAAAAGUGGAACGUUAGACAAUAGCGGCUACCACAUCGCAACUCUUAGCUUCAGAACGCUACAGGGUCGCUUGGGUAUGUCGACUCACUCUAGAAGCAACUUUGAAGAAAUUUCGCAGGCUAAGACGCAAACGUUUUUACUUUAUUUAACAAGGGAAGGUUGGUUUAUAAGCGCUGACUUUGUUGACCGCGUGUGGACUGUUCACCGUACCCCUGCUGACCACUGGAGGGCGCUGCAACUGCCAUUUGUUCUGAAGAAACUGUCCUCACUUUCUGACCUGAUCAUUUGCCAGGGAUGUGUACAAGACGAAUUUCAUCCUUCCCAGUGUUCUCAAACCAAUCAAACUGGUGUGCAGUGUGUAGUUUUGUUGGCUGGACACAGAGGUACUGUUUGAGCUUUAAGAACUUGUAUCUACAUAGCAAUUAUAAGCAACAUCACAGAAGUAAAAGAGGCCCUAGAACGUUACAACAACCCCCGGAGGACACUCGACCAGUAUUUGGGUAUAGGUGAGGGUUUGAAACUCUGACCCUGUUUACAACAACAACAACAAAGAAUCCUAAAAUACAUACCCUGUUUACGACAACACCCCUAAUUUUAUUACCCUGUUUAGGACAAAGGACAAAAUGAACGCCGUGUAAGAAAAUUAUUGCGUCAUUGUGGCGGGAAACUCGUCAAGUGAUCUGAGAACUGAACUUUGUACAAGAGUCUAGGAACUGUGUAGUCGUUCGGAGCCGUGGAGCUGAUCGAGACGGUAUCGAUUGAGUGUAGAUAAUCCACAUUUUACAAGAAUUGAUGUCUAUGAAUCCAUAUAAACAAGUGUAGAACAGAGUACAGAAUUCUAAAAUGUGAACAUGUGAAGAAAUAUACUUUCAAGGGAGUGAAAAAUUAAAGCUACAGAGAACUGGUUUUAUCACACAUAAUUUAUGACACGCCGUCUUGUUUGCAGUAGAGCAAAUUUGCGUUACGGUCAUUGAUUUUGUAUACGUGGAGUAAAAACAAAUUUCAUCUACCAGAUCUGAAUCAAUCGUGCACUCAAAAUUAUUGUUUUUAGGACAGAGAGGUCAAAAACCAUACCCUGUCCAACUAGCGGCUCAUCGUACCCCAUAUAGGCCAUCUCCCCGGAAACUCCCAGUUUCGUGGUUUUCGUUGUGUUAUAACUAGCAAGCUUACACACUUCCAUAUCUGUUGUUGUGGUUUGGAUAGUAGCAGCUAUGGACAACUGUUUGUCCUUGUUAGUACUUGUUAUGGCACGAUUCCCAGGAAGAGCGGGGGACUCCGAAGUAAUCGCGACUAAUCAUCUACCUUGCAAUAUCGAGAUCAUUCUCGUCGCCAAAGCCCGUCGUUUCUUUUGGCCACGAGAUUUCUGUUAGAAUUAAAGCCGAGUGGCUCUGGGGACGAGAAUGCACUAUAGGGAGAGUCUAGGAGCACUCCUUUUCGCUGCGCAUGUGUAAGGUCAUUGGUAACCUGUGUGCAGCCUUCCCCUUCCCCCGAACACAGGCUAGAUUAGUGGCUAUACCACGGAAAUUAUUUUCGAGUGUCAGCCUCCCUAAUUUUUUAUCAUUAUAAAUACUCUUAUUCCUUAUAAGAGUAAUGUCUCUUCUGCAAGGGAUUUUGAUUAACUUCUGAUGUUUACAUGCCAUACCCUUUCUCCUUCUCGCAGACAACGCCAGUCAGCUGGCUGUGGAUCAGAUAACAAGUCUACAGUUAAACAUUUCUAUAGUUUGGCUAGGGGAAAGAUUGCCUGUCACGAUAAUAGAAAACAAAGCAAAAGGAAAACCACUGCUAUUUUACACCUGGGAUCCAGACCCCUUAACCUUAACAGGAGAUUUCAGACGGAUUUCCUUUCCAGACUGCAAGUGAGUACACCGCUAUUUCUAGGUUUAUGGGAUUACCAGGUUUGGUUUAGAUAAGGGGCUCCAAUUGUGUAGAGAAUGCCAGCCUGCGUCACUAAUUACUACAACGUAAACCCGAACGGUUUGAGCACAAUUUGCUCUUUACUGUUGCGUACGUCGAAUGGUAUUUAAGAGCGCUAAGGUUCUGAGGAUUUAUGUGAAGUCAUUUGAUUACAAAAGUCAAAGCCAAAAAAUGCAUUGAUGCAGAGCCAAUUUGCUAAGUGUUUAAAGAUGCACUGUUCCUUGUAAUUAUUGUAAGAUCAUAAUGCCCUCCGGUUUAACCACGUUUUCAUUUCUGUCGUUUAGUAGUUUUAAUAUUAUUAUUUUCUUAGCGUUCCUAAAGACGAUAUUUCGCUGACAAAUCCAAGGAGGAUCAUCUCUACAGCAUGUGAUUUUCCAGCGUAUGACCUUCACAAAUACAUAUGGAAACAAAUACAGAAACGCUAUAAUGACAUUUACAGGCUCGUUAAAGCAAUCACCCUUACCAGAGAACAACUAACGGAAUUAAUGCGACCAAUCGACGCAACACGAUAUAACGCAUCAAUUGAAGAACACGUCUGCAGAUGGCUGAAUAAGUCACGUGAUGUUUGGUUUCCAUGGAUACAAGCACAGACUGCCACUAAAAGAACAGUGUACAUCGGAGGGAUGUUUCCAAGCCUAGUGGAACCAAAAGCGAUAUGGUCUAGCCCGGGGGACGAAAUAGGAGCCCAGCUGGCUGUCCAGGAAGUUAAUAACGACACGAAUAUCUUAAAUAGUUUAACAUUUAAAUUGCUUGUUGCACCCACGCAGUGUAGAAGAGAACUCGUUAUUGCAGCAUAUAUUCGUUACCUAAAUCGUGAUCCUUCAGAGAAUGUAAUCGGUAUAUUAGGUCCGGCGUGUAGUAGGGCUACGCUUCCUAUUGCAGAAGCAUCACGUUUUCGCAAGACAAUUCUAAUGGGUUACGGAGCCGAUGACGUGUCGCUAUCUGAUAGGACAAGGUUUCCCUUGUUUUUCCGAACAAAUCCGAGUGUUGAUGAAUUUAAGGCUGCAUACCUUUCGCUUUUCCGCGCGUUCGGCUGGAAGCAUUGUGUAAUCUUGCGCGAAGCAAAGUAUCCUGUGGACUCAGUCCGGUCGCGCACCGAGUUCCUGAACAAACAUGGAAUACAAGUACUAUCUCGUGAGUUAACAUCCAGUGGGGACCUGGACGCUAGUGGUUACAUCAGCACUGUGGUAGAGAGUAAAGUAACAGUUAUCAUACUGGACGCUUACCCAGCAGUCACCAGAGCAGUCACGUGUCAGGCCUACAAGCAGGUAAUACAUUUAGCCUAGAUCAAUAGCACUGAUAAUAGAUCUCUUGUUUGCAUUGUUUUCCCAUUGGAAGUCAUGUGUCGCACUUGGCUGAUCAUCACAUUUCUAUCAUUUUUCAAAAACACUGUCAACAUUCCAGUCCUAGCAGUAUGCAGGAUGUAUGUCACAUGAAGCUAGUUUAGCAGUCUUAGCUCUAACAAGUCUCCUAUAGCUCAGCGGUAGAGCAUCUGGACAAGUAGCCAGAAUAGGGAACUCGCGUUUUCGUGCGACGCACGCCAAAGGAAGUGAGGCCUUUUCUGUUUUAAUAUGUCUCGACGCUACCAAAUUUGGAUCGUUAAGCGUCUUUACUCAUUUAGAGACAAUUUGCCUGAAUAAUUGGGCAAGACCACUUCUCAAGAAUGCAAGAAAUCCACUUCCGGUUGACGUUCGUCUCUCAAAAACGUGUCGGCUCGACUCCUGUUAGUCUCCCUCGCAGCCGUCUUUUGGGUGUCACGCAACGCUCCCCCAAAAGAAAGAGAGGGAGCGUUGCGUGACAUCCAAAAGACGACUGCGAGGGAGACUAGACUCCUGUUGGCAGUACUCAGAUUUUUUCCUCCGUACCGCUUGUGUCAUGGACAUGACUGAAGAAUUAAAAAUCUUUCUCAUGUCCUUAGGGUUUGACGGCAGAAAAUGGUUACGUAUGGUUUUUGUUGGACUGGUUGGAAAUUGGUUGGUGGGAUGUAGAUUUCUACAACAGCCGUAGUUACACUUCGCCAGAGAAUGUUCCCUGCACCUCAGAUCAAUUGAAGUCGUUCGUUGAUCAGGGAUACUUUACAUUAUCGUCUCCAUUCUUCGGCGAUGACAAGCAAAAGGUUGUGGGAGGAGGAACUGUCAAGGAAUGGAAGGAGCGCUACAUGUUUCAUGUAGCGAGUGAGGUACUUAUCUAUGAGUAGUUCUUCUACUCUUUUGUCAGGCAACUGCUGAUUCUGACAGAUGUGCAUCAACUCAGAGAUAAAAAAAAACUAUUUUAUACAAGAGUAAGCGCGAGGAAAUGCAAAAUAAUAUUUCAAGAAAAUGGAGUUACACUUGGCUUUGAAAAUAGUGAUGUUUCUCACAGGCUUUGAAGCUUAAGGCCAUUAUUUGGCAUUUUACAUGUAAAUAUUUCAAAUGCUAUAUUUUUCCGAUUACCUUCUACUGCACGCUUGUUUUAGUUCACUACAGCUAACUCAAAUAUGGUCUAUUAUAAUUCAGAACAAGGAGUGGUCAGAUUAUGCCUCGUUUGCGCAUGACUCCGUGUGGACGUACGCUUUAGCACUGGAUCAACUGCUCAAGAUUGACUCCACAGCCUUAGAUACAAUCCACUCUAACACAACCUCAGAGUAAGAAUUUUAUCACAGUUAAAUAUUCAGCCUUGUCUCUGUAGCAGUGGGUCUGUAAAGAACACCACGGUACACGGAUUAAACUUGAUCUCCAGACGUUUAUUCCACAGCAAUGAGUGCGUGACGGCCCCACAAGCCCGCUUUUCUAAACUCUACCUACAACGGUGUCGAAAACCACAAGUUUGAUCCGUUCUUAGAGGGGGCUAGCUCGAUGACAAUACAAUAAAAUGUAAUACAAUAAGUUUCCCCCAUAGCGUGACCGUGGGACACGCUUGCGUUACGCUAACAUCUACCGGAUUCACAUACAUGUACCUAUUUCUUGUUUACUACCAGAAUUUUCCCAGAGCGUAUACAAGAGGUUAACUUCCUUGGUGUCUCUGGGCGAGUUCAUUUCAAAAAUGGAGAUCGCUUAGCCAGUAUACUCAUCAAACAGCAAUUCGUCUCACGCUACGAAGUCAUUGGUCAACUUGUUCACGCCAAAGGCUCAAAUGGCUCUCUCCCAGGCCACCUUGAGUGGGAUCCAAGCAGGAUAAAGUGGGCAACGGGACAGAUACCAAGCGACCUUUUGCCCGGUAAGCUAAACGUAUUUAUCUUUGUUACAAGGGGACUAGGAGGACUAUGGUCCAUUUUAGCAAGCGUAGCAGGUACCAGCACCAGUUUUUUUGGGGGGGGGGGGGGAAGGGGGGGGGGGGGGGGGCGUUGAUGAAGGGAGAAAUUUCGAGGACGCGCUCGAGAGAAAAGAGAGAGAGAAAAGCUCUAUAACAACUAUAAAAAAAACUAAACGGCGUCUGCUGUGCGCACAGGCUAGGUCUAUUUGUUUGUUUGUUUGUUUUUUCAACUUUUUUGGCUCACAAGGAGAUAUUCUGGAUCUUAUAUGGAUUUUUUUUAUUUUACUUGAACAGAACCUGGCCGUAAAGAGAUAUGCAGCGUAGAGACUCUGAGAAAAGCUCUCAACGUUUCCUGUCGGGUAGCUAUCACUGUAGUCGUUGUUAUCGGUAAGUUAAAACGUUAUGCGACGUUUUGACGACCUUCUGCCUGUCUUCAUCAGGCUUAGACAUCGACUGCUGAUAACAGGUCACCAAGCGUGCGUGUCACAGUGAUCGCUGUUAUUGGUGGAACUGUUCUUGCUAUUUUACGAAGCUGUUCUUUUCCUGAGGUUGGUCAGCGGAGUUAAUUUGGCCAAUUACGACGGGGAUAGAAAUCCUAAUCAACCAAUCCAAGCUGAAGAAAAUAUUAUACUGAAAGCUGGCUCUAAGUGCGGAGAAAGCGAUUGAUUAGUUGGGUUAUCGGUGCGAUUUUUCACAAGUGAGGCCUGGGUCAAAUGUCGAACUUCACAUGAGCCGAACCUAAAGGUAAUAAGCAAGAACAACACAUUUUGCUCAUAAACAUAGGUUUAACAUGUGAUGUUUGACGUUUGACUUCGGCCUAAGGCGAGGCAAAAUAAAGUAAAAGAUUAAAUAUGUGUCAUCUAUUUGUUGAACAUUGCUCUGUUAGAUGCGUAAUUGUCUCGCUAAUGAAUAUUUUUUUUCUCUUUUAAAGCGGUGUCAUUGGUGUCAGUAAUCCUUAUCAUCGUAGGAUGUAUUUUGAAAGGAAGGUGAGGAUCAUACAUAUCCAGCCUCGUCCCUAGAGCGUCAGUUUCCGUAGAAACGGGCAGGGACGGAAAAGGCUCUGUAGAUGACUGAGGUUGCAUGCAUAUCACUCUAGCCCGCAUGAAGGAAGAGAAACAGGAGACCGUUUACAUGAUGUAGGCCACAGGAUCAUGUAUUUCAGUAAAACUAAAAAACGACUUCAUACACUAUUUCAUCAAUGGCAAGCUAUUGAUUUAUGGUCUAUGGUCUCUGUAUUGGUUGGCCUCUCUAAAAAUUCAUGUCGACUAUUUAGGUCUUUUUGCGUUUCCUUAACAAUACUAGUUUUAUUUUUUUAACCCUCGUUCCCUUUUCAAAACUUAACUUUAUUUCAACUCAUUGCUAUGCUAAAAGCGCUUAUGUGUGAGAAGAGUAUCGAAAUUUAAUCACUGUUAAUUCAAGCACAUUUUUGCGUAAAACAAAAGAAAUCUAUUUACACUGCCCCUAUAAGCCAAGCAUUCUUUGUACCUCCAUCGAUCAAUCGCAGGGGUCUCUGUUCAGCAAAAUCAAACCAUCCACAAAAUACAUUGUCUGCGUCUCUAGCAAAAUAAUGAUGGAAAGAAAAAUGUUAAAAAUAAACUCAAACUCGUCGAGUUUGCAUAUUAAUAAAAGAGUUGAAAUCUCAGCUCGCAUCCCGUAUUUAUUCCAGCUUACUUGUGCGCUUUUCUUUAUCGCUAGAUAUUCCUCAAAGUAUCGCGACACUAAAAAGCGCCUGCGCGAGCUGGGCCUUCUGGACGCCAACUCUACAGGUGCUAUAUUUGCUUUAGAUGACUGGGAAAUGCCGAGAGAGAAACUUAUUCUCAAUAGAAAACUUGGAGAAGGAGCCUUUGGAGCUGUGUUUGGCGGAGAAGGCUUGGGACUAAUGGGAUCUAAUGUCUCGGUUCCAGUUGCUGUGAAAACGCUCCGAGUUGGUGCAACUAUUGAAGAUAAGGUUGGUUUCAUUUACCGCGAAUCGCUUUGAGCCUAAUCUCGAAGUUUAAGGCCACUUGCAACUUUCGUUUAGUCAUAAUUAAGUUCGUUGAUUUGCAAAUUCCCUAGGAGUUCUUUACUCUUUAUGAGGAGUCGCGGAGUCAUUAAGUGGGCCUUAGUUUAGAAAUUUUAAAUUUUUUACUUUCUUUUAUUUUAAUUCGACUAUUUACACACUUUGCUGCGUUUAACAACAUUGUUUAACACUCGAAGCCCUCCUCGGAUUGUAUGUGAACCUUAAUGUUCAUCACAGAACGUAUCACUAGAACCUUUUGAGAAUAAGCAUACGUAGUUUAUACUGUUGCUUUAACGUCAGGGAUCGAAGAGCUUUUUUUCAACCAAUUGACUUGAAAGAUCUCUUGUCCAUUUUGCAGGUGGAAUUUCUUAGCGAGGCAGAUAACAUGAAAUUAUUAUCUCAUCCGAAUCUUGUCAAACUGCUGGGCGUGUGUACCACAGGGGAGCCAGUGUAUAUUGUAAUGGAACUUAUGAUACACGGUAAGCAAAUGUGAAUCUUGUUUAUCUGUUCAUCCAUCCAUGUCAGCAACGCACAGGCAACCCAACUAUUCGAAUUUUCCAAAGCUUUUAUUUAAGUGUUAGUAGUUUAAUAAAGUGUGUGUAAAUGUAUGCAAUCAGUUAGAUAUCUCAACAGAGAAUUCAACAGGACGAACCUGUUAGGGAGUUAUGGCUUUUUCCCAAAGGCACCUUGAUUCCGAUUUUUAAAUGAUAAUGAAAUGAUCAUGAUGAUGAUAAUGAUUAAAAGAGUGAGAAUUACCAAGGCAAAUACUUUUCUAGCCUCCCACGCAGGCGUUUUUAGGGGAGCUCGUAUUUCUUCCCUCCCCACAAACGCCUGCUCAAUCGAGAACAACAUUCCUUUCCCACUGUUUUAUUUGCGUGGUACGUGACCAAUCAACAGUUGUGAAAAAAAGUACUGACAGGCUAAGCACGACUCAUAACCUCGUGGUAGCGUAAAAACGUGACUCCAGAGUUACCUUUUUCCUUCUUUUCUUUCCUUCGCUAAGGUUAUGCAGUACAAGGAGUAUUGUAAAAUCUGACUAAAUCUUACUUUUGCCGCUCUGAGUCUAACAUUUAUUGGAGGUCAUAAAGUUUUCCUUGUGUUUCGUGCAGAUCGAGUAAUUAUCGGGUCACCCUGCGGUCAAGGUCAACUUUCCACAAUUUGAAAAGUACAAUGUGAUUGGCUAAGCUUGGGAAAGGAAUGUUAUUCUCGGUUGGGCAGGCGUUUGUGGGAAGGGAAGAAACACGAACUCCCCUAAAAACGCCUGCGUGGGAGGCUAAUACUUUUCUGGACUUUCCGGAAAUCCACACAUCACUUCUUUCGUCGGCUCUGAAAAUGUUUUUUUAUAGGUGUGCCAAAACGACGUCGCCUACAUUUUAUUCAAUUUGUUGUCUCCAUUUUAAGGUGAUUUGAAGAACUUUCUUCUUGCCCGUCGCCGUUCCGUUGAUCAGCCAGAGACACCCGAGGUAAGGUCUUCAUGCUUAUGUCCUAUCCACCAAAUAGAACUUACAGAUGAUGUGGAAUAGAACGUCUCAGUAAAUCAUGGGGCAAACCAUCCCUCUGGGCGUUCAGUGAGCCCGAUCUAUUACGUUUUUAUACCAAGAAUCAGGCGGACGUCCAUCUCAAUAGCCCUAGCCUCCCGCGUAGACAUUCUUGGGGGUUCGUCACACGUUCCUGCGCGUGACGUACCCCUAAGAUCGUUUGCGUGGGAAGCUACAAUACCCCAGGACAUUCCCGAGGUACAUAGUCAGCUUCCUUUCACUCGUGAAUCCUGAAUUCAUUCCCAAGUCUUGAGUUCCCAUUUCACAGUGAGAAAUGUUUCGUUUUUUGACGGAAUCAGCUUAGGCUUGGCAGCUAACCAACGCGAAAGAAAUUGGCUCUAAUCAAAUGGAUGGGUACAUCGUCGGUGACGUUGCGCAAAGCUGUUCUUAACUGAUCUCUUUUUAGGCAGACGAUGUUACACCUCGCAGACUGACAAGCAUGGCUUUAGACAUUGCUCGCGGUCUGCAGUACCUAGGAGACAUGAAGUUUGUUCACAGGUGAGCUUAAAAAAAUGCUUCUUGUUUGUAAAGCGAUGCAAUUUAUCAAUUUAUAAGCACUUUAUGUACUCUAAGCCUGCUAGCAGACUCUCCUUUCGGUUUUCGCAUUACUCCCUUCUUUCGGUUUAUUGGCUUCGCCGCUACAUAAAAUCUCUGGUUGCAUCAUCAUAAGGUCUCUACGACAUAGGAGAUUCAGUUCAGAAUAAAAAAAAAACGUUUUAUAUUUUAUAUAUAUUUAUAUCUUAUCUUAAGAGGAAAGGAGCAUCCCCAUGUAGGGGAAUCCAGGACAGUCUUAGAUCCUGGAUUCCACGUCGUGGAUUCCGGAUUCCGGAUUCCAGGUACUGGAUUUCAGUCUUUGUCAGUGGAACUCGAAUUCUGCAUUCCAAUCUUUGGCGGAUUCCGGAUUCCUUGAGCUGUAUUCCGGAUUCCACAAGCAAAAUUUUCACCGAGUCCAGAUUCAACAACCAUAUUUUCCGAGAAUCCGGAUUCCUUACAUGUGGUAAAAAGGACAAGCCUUAUCUCCAUCUUUGGGAAACUGAACGGACAAUUCUUCCUAUGUUAUCGCUGACACCAAGCGCGCAAGGUAGAAUAAGGACCAUUUAAAUUAUGGAAUCUUUUUCACGUUCCAUUUUGUUUUAUUGCUAUUAGGGAUCUUGCUUUACGAAACUGUAUGGUAGGUUUUGGAAACGUCGUUAAGAUCGGCGACUUUGGAUUGGCAAGACCACUUCAAGGCAGUGACUGCUACAGAUUCCAACGAAACGGUGAUGAUAUGCACUUGUUUGCUAUUUCAGUCCUGUUUUACAUUAGAUAGUACAAGGUUUCUCACGUUAGCAGUAUAACAUUAUAUAGAGAUGCUUUAAGCUAUUUUGUUAAUCGAAACUCCAUUUCGACGCCAGCAAAACAGACCCAAGUGAUUUUAUUCUACUGAUAGGUCUAGUUAUUAGGGGAAAAAUAACUCACUCUCCUUUUUCACAUUGCUCGUUUGAUGAGUCUAUACCAACGCAAAAAUACGGCUGUUUUGUUGUCUAUAUAAUAGAGGUAAGUAUUUUCGUGAAGUUUGGAGACUUAAAAACCAACCGCCAUGCCAGGGGGCGGGGGGAUCGAGAUCGAGUAGAAAAGUGUCACUUACUGAGAUCUAUUUUUUCUUAGGUGUCUUUCAAAGGGAUAGAUAUUUGCAUUGCUUAAUUAUUUGACAACAGAAAUCACUUUUGUGACCUUAAAACUACAGAGCUGUACAGCCGUAUUUUAAUAGACAUAUGAAAACUCAACAGCGGCAUUAAUAAGACAAAAGAAAAUUGGGGAGGGGUGGGGACAUUACGGAACCCCUUGAGUUCCUCCUGGGUACCCCACUGGGUACACCGCUUGCCACUGGUAAGAAGGAGUUCAACUGAGGUAUGUUUUGAUCUGCAGCCCAGGCCACCAUGUUACUUGCAACCUCGUCUCUCUAAAAUUCCAAAUGUGUAAAAUUCCAGUCUUAUGUCAUCAAGCCACGAAUGUGCAAUCGAGCUCCUAUGCCCCGGUGCAAAUUUCCCUUUCGUAAACGGUCGCUGUAAUUGUUAAGACACUUAGAAAAUUUUUGACCUGUUAUUGAGAGUGUCUCUAUUAAAAAGAAAGAAGAUCGCAACCCAGGGUCGAACCCAGACAUUUCCUAUCCUAAUCUCUCUCCCUUAAAACAACAUUACGACACCGACCCGCCAAAAUUCCGAAAGUAGAUAAAGUAGCAAACUGCAUUUUUAACUGAUACAUCGUGAAAAGGUGACCCUAGCCCUUUCCAGAACUUUUAACGUAAAUUCAACUUGGCUUUCAACGUCGUUCUUUCAAAGACUAUUCAAAACUGUAUCAUUUGCCUUGUUUAACUUAAUCCAGUGAAUAUAUCACAUCUAUCAUGACUUAAGGCAUGGCCCACAAUGGUGGCAUCGACCGUUAAAAAUAGCAACUACUGUAGUCGCAAAUCCACAAUUUGUCAUUUAUUCUCAAACUCAAACAAUCGAGAUCAGGUCAGAUCCAACCUAUUCUUCUAAACCUUUGCACGAUUCGAUUAUGUGGGAGCUUUUGGAAAUCCACAGUAGAGUUAAUAAAAACAACAUCAAACAUGGCAACUCAUUCUCCUCGUGUUCGUUCUAAGACCGCCACGCCUUAUGGCAGGCACUGGCUUCCCAACAAUCAAAUUAGAAAUUGUUCAACAAGUAUCAACAUUCGGUAAAAAAGGUCACAACAACUACCGUUUACGAAAGGGAACUAGGCGCAUUCAACUCUGAAUUAAAUUUUCUUUCCUGAGGCGUUUAGGGAUGCUACCGGUGAGAUGGAUGUCGCCAGAGUCAAUAAAAGAGGGAUUAUUUACGCUGCAUACCGACGUUUGGUCGUAUGGCGUCACUCUGUGGGAAUUGUCUACUAUCGGUGGCUUUCCUUAUCAAGGCCUAUCCAAUGCUGAAGUCUUAGAGAAGGUGGAACUAGGAUGUACGUUGGAAAUACCACAUCAUUCUAGUAGGGAAAUGUAAGUUUGUAGAAUUUCGAUCUUUCAUGCAAAUAAAUGAAUUAAUAUCAAUAAUUAUUUAGAGGUAGCUGAUCGUAUCCGCACAGUGGUUCCUCGUCUACCAUUCCUGACCUGGAUUUGAGAUUUAGGAGAAAUGUUAGUUUUUGAAGAGAGGAAAAACCCGAGUACCCGGAGAAAAACCUUUCGAAACAAGGAUUAAAUUAACUGCAAAAACGGUGGACGAAGAUCCUGCUAGUUGUAAACGUUGGAUCUCUAGAAAAGAGAUCAAAUCAGCCAAAAUAUAAAGAACCAAGAACGAGAAGUCCAAAGACUACUGCAAAGCUGAUUUGAAACAACGUGUAUUUUUUUUAUAACAAUAUUUCGGCUGGCCAUACCAGCCUUCUUCAGGUUUACAGAUGUUACUGAACUUAUGUAGCAAUCACAAUAUUAUAUAGAUUGAGAAUGUCGCAAUAAAAGAAGAACGCGAACCGACAAGGCACAUUGGGGUGGGGGGCGGGGAGGGGGAGUUGCUCUCAUCAUUUUUAUGGAAUUUAAUUAGAAAUCUAGCAAUUUUAGUCGUUCUGGAAGGCAAAGAUUUCUUUUCUCUUUCUUCAGCAACCAUGUUGAUAUUAGGAUCUGCACUUUGUUUUUAUUUUAGGGCGUCAUUACUUCGCAAAUGUUGGAGCCAGGAUCCAUCGCAAAGACCAAAACCUUCAGAGAUUGUUCGAAUCCUCAUCAACAAUCCAGAGUUUGUCCGUGCAAGUAUUGAGAUACCUGCUACGACAUUACUGGACAAUAGUGUUGGUAGCUUUGACGCCAGAAAAGCUUCUACGCGUGCGCGAACAGGAUUGGGGAGCCCGCAGUCAAUUAACUCUUUUCGCUGUUCUGAUCAAGUGAGCAGCACUAUGAAUUUAACUCUUGCGUAG